AUGGCGCUUACCGGGCAGAAUGGCUAUGGCAGGAAUGUGAACUAUGAGGAGUUGAUUGCUGAGCGACUCUUAACAGUCAUUCAACAGCUUUUGCAAUAUCCGCAAUCCAAGAAUCUGGUCAAUGACAUGUCAGCACCCUACAAAUAUAAGCCGCAAAAUGUGUUCAUGCUGAUCUUGACACCGAUGAGUUUUAUGGCUUCGCGGCACACUAAUGCGCCGAUCAUGGGUAUCUCCACAUUCGUCACAGACUGGAAUAUCGAUGAGCUGGUGGGCAACACUGCCCGUGAUGGCAAGACUGACCGAUCGCAUAACUUUGUCGAGAAUGCCACUGCCUGGCUUAACAGAAAGCUGGUCUAUAUGCCAUUGCAGAAACCCUCUGGAGUUAAGCAAGAACUUCUCGUGGUGCUGGUCAAUCAACACUUCUCUCUGACCUUUCGCCGUCCCUACUCACCCAACAUGAUCGAAGUUGGGGGUAUGCACAUCAAUCGGAAGCGCCAGCCACUGGCACAAGACAUUGAUGAUUUAAUCAGGAGCGCUAAACAUGGUGUCAUCUACUUCUCAAUGGGAUCAAACUUGAAGAGCAAAGAUUUGCCGCUCAAGAUACGUCAGGCUCUAGUCGAAACCUUUAGUACGCUCAAGUAACGGGUGCUAUGGAAAUUCGAGGAUCGACGAUAUAUUGGUCUGCUGAAAACCACUGAAUCCAUUUAGCACGGCAAAGUUUUUGUUGGCCUUCCGAUCUUCGGCGAUCAGUUCCUAAAUAUGGCGCUUACCGGGCAGAAUGGCUAUGGCAGGAAUGUGAACUAUGAGGAGUUGAUUGCUGAGCGACUCUUAACAGUCAUUCAACAGCAUUUGCAAUAUCCGCAAUCCAAGAAUCUGGUCAAUGACAUGUCAGCACCCUACAAAUAUAAGCCGCAAGUGCCACAGGAGGGUGCCGCCCAUUGGAUUGAGCAAUUUGAGGCUACAAACUGA